CGCACAGCCUGGCAAUGCAGAGAGCGUAGUGCAUUCGGGGAGGUCAUGUUUGAAGCUGGACAACAUAAUAGCGAAAUUUGUAUUAUCCUUAAAAAUAAACUGAAUUCAUCGUCAAGGACCCGGACUAUUGUGGAGAAUCGAGGAGUGAUCGUUCUGUAUUUUGUUGACAGAGUCCAGAGAGCAUAGUUUGGAUGCCCAGAAAGCAGCUCCUCAAGGUUUCAUCAUGAAUAAAAACAAGCGAGGAGAAGAGAGGGAGCUCUACAGUUUAGAUGUCGGAGAUUCCACCUUCACUGUUCUGAAAUGCUACCAGAAUCUAAGGCCCAUCGGCUCAGGAGCACAGGGAAUCGUCUGUUCAGCGUAUGACCACAACCUUGAGAGAAAUGUGGCUAUUAAGAAGUUAAGUCGGCCAUUCCAGAACCAAACGCAUGCCAAGAGAGCGUACAGAGAACUGGUGUUAAUGAAAUGUGUCAAUCACAAAAAUAUCAUUGGCCUAAUAAACGUAUUCAGCCCACAAAAAUCAUUAGAAGAAUUUGCAGAUGUAUACAUUGUGAUGGAGCUGAUGGAUGCCAACUUGUGCCAGGUGAUUCAGAUGGAGCUGGAUCAUGAGAGGUUGUCCUACCUGCUCUACCAGAUGCUGUGUGGCAUCAAACACCUGCACGCUGCCGGCAUCAUACACAGGGAUCUAAAGCCCAGUAACAUUGUCGUGAAGUCAGACUGUACGUUAAAGAUCUUGGACUUUGGCUUGGCUCGGACGGCGGCUACAGGUCUGCUGAUGACCCCCUACGUAGUUACCAGAUACUACAGAGCACCAGAGGUCAUACUGGGGAUGGGCUACCAGGCCAACGUGGACAUAUGGUCUGUGGGAUGUAUUCUGGCAGAAAUGAUCCGCCACAAAAUCCUGUUCCCAGGAAGGGACUACAUUGACCAGUGGAACAAGGUGAUAGAGCAGCUUGGGACUCCGCCACAGGAGUUCCUGAUGAAGCUCAACCAAUCAGUGAGGACGUACGUAGAGAACAGGCCGCGUUACGCAGGAUACAGCUUUGACAAACUCUUCCCUGACGUCCUCUUCCCUGCAGACUCCGAGCACAACAAACUGAAAGCGAGCCAGGCCAGAGACCUGCUGUCUAAGAUGUUGGUGAUCGACUCGUCUAAGAGGAUCUCUGUGGACGAGGCCCUGAAACACCCCUAUAUCAACGUGUGGUACGACCCAGCAGAAGUGGAGGCGCCCCCUCCGAAGAUCACAGACAAGCAGCUGGAUGAGCGAGAGCAUACGGUGGAGGAGUGGAAAGACCUGAUCUGGAAGGAGGUGUAUGAGUGGGACGAUUGGAACAAGCAGAAUGGCGUGAUCAGAGGACAACCUCUUUUAAGUACAGCAGUGAUUGACAGCUCCCCUCAGCACACCUCGUCCUCCUCCUCAGGCAAUGACGUAUCCUCCAUGUCGACUGACCCCAGUGACCCUAGUGAACCCACCAUGACCUCUGACACGGACAGCAGCCUGGACAGCCACACCUCUCUGGGAGCACUGGCCUGCUGCAGAUAACAUGCACACACACACACACUUCUGUCACGGUAUAUAGUUUAAAACACUUGAAGGGGCAAUCUGCGAUGGCUACAUUUUUUUCUGCCUUUUUAUUGAAUGAUAUAUAUAUAUAUAUAUAUCUACCAAUUGAUUCUUGAAGAAUAUAAUAUAUAAAUGCUUUUACUCCAUUGUUUGUAAACAAACUCUGUAUAGCCUCUCAACAUGGUUAAAAUUAUACUUUUGAUACUGUAUCAUGGAUGGUCAGUCCUUGCAUCCAUAGCUUUGUUUAUGAAUUUCAGAGCGAUUACAUUUCUCUCGCCCCAACCCUAAGUUGCUUACCAAAAACAGUGGUGGGGUGACUGCUUUGUUGUUUAAACUGCAAUUGCCCCUUUAAGAGUCCAUAAUAAAAUAAAAAUGUUUUUAUUUAUUUUUUAAAUGCACAGCUUCUUUCAUUUGCUAUGUCCCCUAUAUCAGGCAUUGCCGAUUGUGUACAUGCUGUAAAUUACUAUAUUUAUUUAUUUUCGUGUCAGCUUCUAUCCCACCAAGCUGUGUAUGUCUAUGCUGUAAAUGAUAGUGGUUCAAAUCUCACAGUGGAUGGAACUUUUUCCCCUUUUACCUAUUAGAAAGUGUUUUCUUACAAACGCAUAUUUAUUUUCUAUUAUGAACUGGGUUGUUCGAGCCCUGAAUGCUGAUUGACUGACAGCUUUGUUAUAUGACACCGUAUACCACGGGUAUGACACAACAUUUAUUUUGCAUUAAAUUAAACCAUUAAAUCACCUGGCCCAAAUACCUUUGUCACUUAGCCAUCUUUGUUGCUUUGUUUCUUCAACCAGUGGCCCAUCCCACUUGGCUCUAACCCUUCAAUGUUUGCAGAUCUUUAGGUUUUGGAUAGGUAUGUACAGGUCUGCAAACAUCAAAGGGUUGGGGCCAAGGGGAAGGGACAAAGGCUGCUUAUGUUUUAUUGGCGGGGCCAGGAGUCUUUCCUCAGGUCACAAGACCAGGAAAAACUCCCAGCCCCAUUGAUUUGAUUUGAUUUAAGUGCUCUUACAGUUCAGGGAUUUUUGAAAGUCGGGACAAAGUCCUUGACCAGCAGAUAAACAUUAAAAAUAAAGUUUAUUUUGUUGCAUUAUUUGAUCCUAAAAAUUACAUUUAGUGGAAUUUUCUAAGGGGAAAGAUUUGCUUUUGGAAUUUUCUAAAUAUUUUCAAUAUUACAAAUUUCCAUGUUGGCUCUAUGCCUGGAAAUGUCCUUUUCCGGAGCCAAGGGGGGCAAUUUCAAACUCUCCAAAAAAGUGUUUAAAAUUCUUAAAAUGGCAAUAAUGAAUAUUAACUGAAAAGGGAUCUUAGGUAGUUUUUUGCAUUAGACCUCUGACUUAAAGGAAUAUUUCUCUCAAAACUGUGAUUCCUAAAAUAAAUUGUCAGGAGAUUUGAUGAACUCCGUCAGAUUUGUCUACAAUCAUAAAUUAAUCAAGAAUGAUCCGGGUCAGCUACACCUCAUGAACCUUUUCUCAUUGUCCUCAUUACAUAUAGUGCAACAAAACCACCCAUGGUCUGCAAAGUGAUCUACUUUUGAUAGAUUUAAAGAGACAAUAUUGAAAUCAAAGUCCGUCACAUUUUUGUCUAACGUCAACUCCGUCAGAGUGCUGAAAUAUAUUAUAUAAUGGUUAUAUUUUUAUUGGGAAUUUUCAAAUAAAUCAUUUUCUAUAUUUUACAAAUGUUUGUAUUGAAGUUUUUUUUAAAUGCAAAAAUAUGUAUUUUGUUGUCAACUCCAUAACCCCCUUAAGGUCAAUAUUUUGAAAAUAUAUACAGCUGCAGUCAGAGUUUUUUAUUUAUUUUACUAGGCAAGUCAGUUAAGAACAAAUUCUUAUUUUCAAUGAUGGCCUAGGAACAGUGGGUUAACUGCCUGUUCAGGGGCAGAACGACAGAUUUGUACCUUGUCAGCUUGGGGUUUUGAGCUUGCAAUUUUUCGGUUACUAGUCCAACGCUCUAACCACUAGGCUACCCUGCCGCCCCACAUACACCUUACACCUUAGCCAAAUACAUUUAAACUCAGUUUUUCACAAUUCCUGACAUUUAAUACUAGCAAAAAAUACCCUGUUUUAGGUCAGUUAGGAUCACCACUUUAUUUUAAGAAUGUCAGAAUAAUAAUAGUAUAGAGAAUGAUUUAUUUCAGCUUUUAUUUCUUUGAUCCCAUUCCCAGUGGGUCAGAAGUUUUACAUACACUCAAUUAGCAUUUGGUAGCAUUGCUUUUAAAUUGUUUAACAUGAUCAAACGUUUCGGGUAGCCUUCCACAAGCUUCCCAUAAUAAGUUGGGUGCAUUUUGGCCCAUUCCUCCUGACAGAGCUGGUGUAACUGAGUCAGGUUUGUAGGCCUCCUUGCUCACGCACACUUUUUCAGUUCUGCCACAAAUUUACUAUAGGAUUGAGGUCAGGGCUUUGUGAUGGCCAUUCUAAUACCUUGACUUUGUUGUCCUUUAACCAUUUUGCCAAAACUUUGGAAGUAUGCUUGGGGUCAUUGUCAAUUUGGAAGCCCAAGCUUUAACUUCCUGACUGAUGUUUUGAGAUGUUGCUUCAAUAUAUCCACAUAAUUUUCCAGUCCCUCCUUCCAGUCCCUCCUGUAGCAAAGCACCCCCACAACAUGAUGCUGCCACCCCCCAUGCUUCAUGGUUGGGAUGGUGUUCUUCGACUUGCAAGCCUCCCACUUUUUCCUCCAAACAUAACAAUGGUCAUUAUGGUUAAAUUUUUGUUUCAUCAGACCAGAGGACAUUUCUCCAAAAAGUACGAUCUUGGUCCCCAUGUGCAGUUCCAAACCGUAAUCUGGCUUUUCAUGGCAGUUUUGGAGCAGUGGCUUCUUCUUUGCUGAGCGGCCUUUCCGGUUAUGUCGAUAUAGGACUCGUUUUACUGUGGAUAGAGAUGCAUUUUUUCCUCCAGCAUCUUCACAGGGUCUUUUGCUGUUGCUCUGGGAUUGAUUUGCACUUUUCGCACCAAAGUACGUUCAUCUCUAGGAGACAGAACACGUCUCCUUCCUGAGCGGUAUGACAGAUGCGUGGUCCCAUGGUGUUUAUACUUGCGUACUAUUGUUUGUACAGAUGAACGUGGUACAUUCAGGCAUUUGGAAAUUGCUCCCAAGGAUGAACCAGACUUCUGGAGGUCUACAAAUGUUUUUUUUCGGAGGUUUUGGCUGAUUUCUUUUGAUUUUCCCAUGAUGUCAAGCAAAGAGGCACUGAGUUUGAAGGUAGGCCUUGAAAUCCAUCACAGUACACCUCAAAUUGACUCAAAUUAGCCUAUCAGAAGCUUCUAUAGCCAUAAUAUAAUUUUCUGGAAUUUUCCAAGCUGUUUAAAGGCACAGUCAACUUAGUGUAUGUAAACUUCUGACCAACCGGGAUUGUGAUACAGGGAAUUAUAAUUGAAAUAAUCAGUCUGUAAACAAUUGUUGGAAAAUAACAUGUGUCAUGUACAAAGUAGAUGUCCUAAACGACUUGCCAAAACUAUAGUUUGUUAACAAGACAUUUUUGGAGUGGUUGAAAAACGAGUUUUAAUGACUCCAAGCUAAGUGUAUGUAAAUGUCCGACUUCAAUUGUAUAUAUCACUGUUCUGCAACAUAUGGUUAAACUAUUGAGAUAUUUGUUGUGCGAGAUCUAAGGGAUAAUGUUUACUUUUUAAAUGUUGUUUUAUAUUCUGAAUCUAGAAAAACAUACUAACAAAAUUCUCCCUGGAGCAUUAUACAGUAUGGUGCUAUAAAAUAAGUAAAAAAUAAGUUUAAAUUACAUAUUUCUAUAAUCUACUGUUAGAAUUAAACAAUAAAUACUUUUAAA